AUGUCCCGGACUCUACUCUGGAUCGGCCUUGGCAACAUUGGGAGGGGCAUGUGCCGAAAUCUCGUCGAGAAAGCUCAACUCGACAAGCCACUGCUCAUUCACAACCGGACUGUGAAACGUGCUACGGAUCUCUGCCAAAGUCUGCCAAAGGGCAAGUCCGAGGUUGCAGAGUCUCUCGCUGAUGCCAUUGACAAAGCCGACAUCAUCUUCUCCUGCAUCGCCGAUGACAAGGCUGUAGAAGAGGUCUUCGCCGUUGCUACUAAUGGAGACAUCAAAGGCAAAGUAUUUGUCGAAUGCUCAACCAUUGCUCCCGAGACGACCGACGCUGUCGCAAAGUCGGUUUUGGAAAAGGGCGCUGAGUUCAUCUGCGCGCCCAUCUUUGGGUCCCCCGCCAUGGUAGCCGCUGGGAACGCGACGUUGGUUCUUGCAGGCCCGGAAACGUCGAUCAAGAAGAUCCGCCCGUACGUCGAUGCGAUGGCAGCCCGGGAAAUCAACAUGGCCGACGAACCAUACCGCAAGGCAUCGACUCUGAAGGUGCUUGGUAAUACCGUGAUCCUCGGCAUGGUUGAGCAGCUUGCCGAAACAUAUGUUGCUGCAGAGAAGAGCGGCCUGGGAACGGGUUACGUGAAGCAGUUUGUUGAGGCCAUGUUUGGUGGCAGCCCGUACCCGGCGUACACAAACCGCAUGCUGGAAGGCGAUUACUACAAAAGAAAUGAGCCCCUGUUCGCCGUGGACCUGGCGAGAAAAGAUGCCCGCCAUGCCAUGGCUAUUGCGAAAGCUGCCGGCACGCGGUUGCAGAACAUCGAGACUGCUGACAAGCAUCUUGAAAUCGUCAAGGCACACGUUGGACCUUCGGGUGACAUGGCAGGUAUCUACGGUGCAGUGAGGAAGGAAUCUGGCCUCAAGUAUAGCAUUUUCGUCGGCCUCGUCAUCGUCGCUGCCAUGGCCGCCGCUGCCUGGUUCCUUUCUCCAAAGGGCGAAACCCAAAUCAUCUGGAGAUCCUCUCUCCUCCUGGCCCUCGCAUGUUGCUAUCUCAUGUGGGCCAUCACGUUCCUCGCCCAACUCAACCCCCUGAUCGAACCGCGACGCAGCGACAUCCGACCGGGCUUCGAGCACCACUAA